AUGGUGCCUCUUUCUGAUCUUUUCCCAUCCUUUGAUCACUGUGCUCGUCUCUUUUCAAAAUGCAUUCAACACAAACAUUUAAGGGUUGGCAUGUCCUUGCAUUCCCACCUUAUCAAAACUGCACUUUCAUUUGACCUCUUCCUUGCAAAUCGUCUUAUUGACAUGUAUUCCAAAUGUAAUUCUAUGGAAAAUGCACAGAAGGCAUUUGAUGAUUUGCCCAUUAGAAAUAUUCAUUCGUGGAAUACCAUUCUUGCGUCCUACUCUCGUGCUGGAUUUUUUAGUCAAGCUCGUAAAGUCUUUGAUGAAAUGCCUCAUCCAAAUAUUGUUAGCUACAAUACCUUGAUUUCUAGCUUUACUCACCAUGGGCUGUAUGUAGAAUCAAUGAAUAUCUUUCGACAAAUGCAACAAGAUUUCGAUCUUUUAGCCUUGGACGAGAUUACUCUUGUGAGUAUAGCAGGUACUUGUGCCUGUUUGGGUGCUUUGGAGUUCUUGCGUCAGGUUCAUGGAGCAGCUAUUGUCAUUGGAUUAGAGUUUAAUAUGAUUGUUUGUAAUGCUAUAGUUGAUGCUUAUGGUAAAUGUGGCGAUCCAGAUGCGUCAUAUUCUAUUUUCAGUAGAAUGAAGGAGAGAGAUGUUGUUACCUGGACCUCCAUGGUUGUAGCUUAUAAUCAGACAUCCAGGUUAGAUGAUGCUUUUCGAGUUUUCAGUUGUAUGCCAGUAAAAAAUGUUCAUACUUGGACUGCAUUGAUUAAUGCUUUAGUGAAGAACAAGUAUAGCAAUGAGGCCCUGGAUUUGUUUCAACAAAUGCUGGAGGAAAAAACUUCUCCAAAUGCUUUCACAUUUGUAGGCGUUUUAAGUGCCUGUGCUGAUCUUGCUUUGAUAGCAAAAGGCAAAGAGAUUCAUGGACUCAUAAUCAGAAGGAGCAGUGAACUUAAUUUUCCAAACGUAUAUGUAUGUAAUGCUUUAAUUGAUCUGUACAGCAAGAGUGGUGACGUGAAAUCAGCUAGGAUGUUGUUUAACUUGAUUCUUGAAAAGGAUGUAGUAUCGUGGAAUUCAUUAAUAACUGGGUUUGCACAAAACGGGCUUGGAAGGGAAGCACUUCUUGCCUUCCGAAAGAUGACAGAAGUAGGGAUAAGGCCUAAUAAAGUGACGUUUUUGCUGUGCUGUCUGCCUGUUCCCAUACUGGUUUGUCAUCUGAAGGAUUAUGUAUUCUGGAGUUAA